UUGUGCAACGCUUUUGAUGUGUUUCCAAAAUUUAAUUCCCUCCCCAAUCCAAAUAUUGCAUGUUAUUGAUAACAAUUUUGGGGUUUAUUCAAGUGGAGCAUUUUUAUAUAUAAAUAGCAACCUUCCCGAUAGAAUUAUUUCAAAACAACUUUUCGAUCUCGAACGUCUUUCAUUUGACAAUAAAGUGCAGCAAUAAGAGAUAUCCAGCAAAGUGUCAUCAUGAAAGUGCAGUGUGUCUUGGUAUUGUGUCUCAUACUCAUUGCAGUGUGUCUUAUGGAAGUUGACGCUUGUGGAAGACGCAGGAGAAGAGGAUCAAGUGGAUGUUCAUACUGUUCAAGCUCUUCAUGUUCAAACUAUUGUCAAAAUCUUCCCAACGUAGCCACAGGGAAUUACUUUGGAUCAUGUGGAAAUGACAAAAUGUGUCGUUGUUCAAACAUACUUGGGCAACUGGUUGGCCAGAAAUGUAUAGGACUCUCAGGAGGAGGAGGUGGUGGUGGCUUAGACCAGGAAGACCAGGAAAAAUUAGAAUAGACAAUCAUGGACUAAAAAUAAAUAAUGAGAACAUUUUGAUAAUAACAAGAAAUAAAAAUAAACAAUACAAUAUUAUACAAUAUAUUAGUAUAUUAUAUAUGAAGUAGAUACAAUGUAAUAGAAAUAGCAUAGUGUAAUUUGUCCCUACACUCCUCAGUCCUGACAUCUAUUUAUAAUCAUAGAAUAUUUUUUCUAUUUUGUCCAUUUUGAUCAUUAGCCAAAAUAUAUAACAUUACUACAAAAUACUGAAAAAAGUAGCUCUCUUACUUUGAUGGCUGGCCCCAAUGUCCCAAGUCACUCACUGUCCUUUCAUAGUUCCUCAACACUGACACAAUCUGCAAAAACAAUAUGAGGUUCAGUUAUCACAUUAAAAAUGGCUUCAAAAUUGUUUUCAAU